UUUUAGACCAAGACAAAUUUAAUAGAGUAAUGGAUAUUUUACUAAGAAAAAAAAUACCUUUUUCGUUUUUAGCGGAAACAGCCAAUAUUAUUUUAGCGGAAACUGAUAACUCCCUGUGUAUGUACAUGUGGGUAGCCGGACAAUUCACCGCAUUUAAUUCACCGCGGGACAAUUCACCGCGUGACUAUUCACCGCAAUACAAUUCACCAGGUGUACAAUUCACCGCGGUACAAUUCAUCGCGGCUAAAAUUUAUCGUAACAUAAUAUACACGUUCAUAUUAUAUACGUAGACAUAGUCUCUUGAGUGAUUGUAAAUCUAAUAAGACGUGUUCACGUAAAACUCGUUUUUGCUCUAAAUAUCUUCGGGUUUGACGUUACCAAACCUAAAAGCUAAAUUUAAAAAUAUACAGAAAACAUGUCAUACUUAAAUUAUAAUUGUGUUAUAUCUAUUGGCCGUUUUGUACAUUUUGUUUCAAUCGUGUCCGGAACGUAAGUAUACGUAAUACGUCGUUAGUUUUUAUUAAUUAAUUGUUAAUUAUGAAUAUAUUAUAUAUUAAAAGUGAACGGGGUAGAGAUAAAUUGACUUUUAAAGGGUACAUUUAUGUAUACGAAAAAUCAGGGUUAAAUAAAUCAAUAUGGAAGUGUGAAAAUUAUCAAAAAAUGAAAUGCAAGGGACGUUUACAUGUAAGAAAUGAUGAAAUAAUAAAAGAACAAAUUCACAAUCAUGUUCCGGACUCUGGAAAAAUUGAGGUGAAUAUAGCAAUGAAUAAAUUAAAAGAAAAAGCAAUCGAACGACCCGACUUGAGACCACGUGCAGUUAUAGGCUUAAUUUCGACAUCAUUGACAAGUUCAGCAGCAGCGCAUCUACCAAAAUUAACUUCAAUUAAACGGACGAUUCGGAGGAUAAGAAAUGAGGAAGAGACUAUACCACUUAACCCAAAAUCACUUAGUGAUUUAGUGAUACCCCAAAAGUAUCGGUUAACAAACGAUGAACAUCCAUUUUUGUUGCAUGAUAGUGGCCCAGGAGAAGACCGAAUACUUUUAUUUUCGACCGAAAGAAAUUUACGUCUUAUGAAAAACUGUAAGCAUUGGUAUGCAGAUGGAACAUUUUCGACAUCACCUUCACUGUUUACACAAAUAUAUACGAUCCAUGGUAUCCAAUACAGUAAUGUAUUCCCGUCAGUUUUUGCAUUAUUGCCUAAUAAAAUGGAAUCUACUUACUGUCGUUUAUUUGAAGCAUUGAAAUCAAUAAAAACUGGACUAAGCCCGGAAACAAUAAUGGUUGAUUUCGAGAAAGCUACCAUGAAUUCCAUCUCAAAACAUUUUCCAGAUAUGAAAAUUCGAGGUUGUUUUUUUCAUUUUACCCAGUCUGUUUGGAGACAUGUUCAGCAAACUGGACUUCAACAACAAUAUAUUGAAGAUUCAGAAUUUGCUCUUCAAAUAAGAAUGAUGACCGCUCUUAGUUUUGUACCAGUAGAUGAUGUUGAACAGGCUUUCAACGAUUUGAUGGACACUAAUUAUUAUACAACACAUGAAGAGCUUUUAACUCCAUUGACAAAUUAUUUUGAAGACACGUGGAUAGGUCGAGUAGACCGCAGAAAUAGAAGAAAACCAGCCUUAUUUCCAAUCAGCCUAUGGAACUGUCAUGCUUAAAAGAAAAUAUUCCGAGAACUAACAAUUCUGUCGAAGGAUGGCAUAAUAGUUUUUCAUCAACAUUAAAUGUGAUUCAUCCAAAUAUUUGGAAGUGUAUUGAGGCGUUCAAAAAUGAAGAAACAUUAAAUAAAAUUCAAAUUGAACAAUGUUUAUUAGGUAAUUCUACAGUAGUGAAAAAAAAAAUAUAAGGACUUCGCUGCAAGAUUAAAAACAGUAUGUGAUAGUUAUAGAAAUAUAUUAAUAGAAGAUUAUUUAAGAGGCAUAGCCCAUA